UUAGGCUGCUCUGGAGUUUAUGAAUAGGAGCAGACUUUAGAUAUUCCCUUCUAUGGAUACAGAUAGGGCGGGCGUGCAACGUUUUAUUAUAUAGGAAGUAAAAAUGACUUUAAGAAAACAUCCUUGUAAAGAAUAAGAAGAAAAAAUCUCAUGACUACCCGCAAAUAACAUCCUGAUGCUUAGAAGCCCGCUGUUUCUGGAGAAGGAGCGAGACGCUUAUGAGAAAAAUCCAUCUUACAGACACCACUAGGAAGAGCUAAGGAGGUAAUGGCAUACUGUCAUACUAUUGAUUCCAAUAUACAGUGGUAGUUGCAGCUGCAUAGACAUCCAUCAUGUCAACAUGGCUUUAAAGACCAACUUGCAGAGAAAUAGGUCACAUAGUAGAGGAGAGCCAUAUAGGAAGCCUGUGUGGAUCAACAUGACAUUAAGCCUCAUCUCCUUGCUAUGUAAGGAAAUCUCCGAACUAUGGCUGCUUCUGAAGAAAAGGACAGAUGACAUCAUGCAUCAGGAUACCUUCCCAAUGUGUGCAACUGAUAUUGAGGAUCAGCUGAAGAAGCAGUUUGCAUACUUGUCAGGUGGAAGGGGUGAAAAUGGCUGUCCUGUCAUCACAUUUCCUGAAUACCCAGCCUUCAGUGAAAUCCCAGAGACUGAGUUCCAGAAUGUCCUGACGUAUUUAACCAGUGUUCCCAGUUUACAAGAUGCAGGAAUUGGCUUCAUCCUAGUCAUAGACCGAAGACUGGACAAAUGGACAUCUGUAAAAGCAUCAAUACUAAGGAUUGCAGCAUCAUUCCCAGGGAACCUGCAACUUGUUAUUGUUUUGCGGCCCACAGGAUUAUUACAGCGAACCCUAUCAGACAUUGGAUUCAAAUUUAACAAAGAUGACUUUAAAAUGAAGGUGCCGAUCAUAAUGCUGAAUUCAGCAGCAGAAUUGCAGAAUUAUAUUGACAAGUCACAACUCACACAAGACCUGGGUGGCACAUUGGAUUAUUGCCAUAAAAACUGGCUCUCACAUCGCACAGCUAUAGAAAGUUUUGCCCUGAUGGUUAAGCAGACAGCACAGACUUUACAGUCCUUUGGGACAGAAUUAGCUGAGACAGAGUUGCCCAAUGAUGUGAUAACCACCAAUUCUCUUUUAGCUGUGCACACAGAAAAGAAGGAUAAAAUGAAGAACGAUCUGGGAUUAGCACUGAAACAAGGAAAUGAUCUCUUGGAAAGGAUUAGGCAGCCUAUUCGAGAAGACCCUGAAUACAGGAUGAACCAAGACCAACAGGAUAACCAAACAACCAUAGAGAGACUAAUUAUUCAACUAAAUGAAACUGAAACAGCAUUUGGUGAGUUUUGGACAAAGCAUCAACAAAAGCUUGAACAGUGCCUAGAACUGCGACAUUUUGAGACAAACUUUCGAGAGAUCAAGGCAACUCUGGACAGUAUUUAUGAGAGGUUAUCAACCUUUAAAGAUGUGGGGAACAGCUGCUCCCAUGUGGAACACAUAUUAAAGGAUCUUUGCAGUUUUGAGGAAAAGGCCCAGGAAAAUAUACAGGCGGCACAGGUCUUGGCAAGACACGGUGACCAUCUCAUCCUAAGUAACCACUAUGCUGUGGACUCCAUCCUCCCAAAGUGCAAUGAGCUUCAUCAUCUAUGCGGUGACAUCAGUAGUAUCAUCCAGGAAAGGCGGGAGCGGCUUCACAGGUCUCUCGAACUUCACAGGCGUCUGGAGAAGACUAUGGAGUGGUGUGAUGAGGGCAUAUAUUUACUGGCUUCUCAACCUGUGGAUAAGUUCCAGUCCCAAGAUGGAGCAGAAUCUGCACUUCAAGAAAUUGAAAAGUUCCUUGAAAGUGGCACAGAGAAUUCUAUUAAAGAUUUGCCUGGUGUUCUUACUCAGUAUGAAGGGAUUCUGACUCUAGAACUACAGGAACAUGUUCACAAGGUGUUCCAGAAGCAGCAGAGUAUGCAAGAGAUGUUUGAGAAGCGGAAAGGAAGCUUGCGGAAGCUUGCCGCGAAACAAACUCGGCCUGUGCAGCCUGUUGCUCCUAGGCCAGAAGCAUAUACCAAGUCCCCUAAUUCUUCUCCAGUUCUCCAGAGAGCCUCGGAACACAGAGGUAGUGAAGAAAGUGUUAUUCAAAGAAGAAUGAACUAUCGCAGAGCCAAGACUGAGGUAGAUGGUCAAGUUAGGAGUUCUUCCAUGAUGGAGGACGAAGAAAACUUGGCAGUACUACGAAGGCAUGUUAUGAAUGAACUCCUAGAGACAGAAAGAGUGUAUGUUGAAGAGCUUCUGUCUGUUCUUGAGGGAUAUGCUGCUGAGAUGGAGAAUCCGUUAGCCAUGCAUCUCCUCUCUCCACUUCUUCUGAACAAAAAGGAUGUGUUGUUUGGAAAUAUGGAAGAAAUCUACCAUUUUCAUAACAGAAUAUUCUUAAGAGAGUUGGAGAACUACAUUGACUAUCCUGAGCUAGUAGGGAGAUGUUUUCUAGAAAGGAUGGAAGAUUUCCAGAUUUAUGAGAAGUACUGCCAGAACAAGCCCCGCUCUGAGAGCCUGUGGCGCCAGUGUUCUGAUGCUACCUUUUUUCAGGAAUGCCAAAGGAAACUGGAUCAUAAGCUAAGCCUGGAUUCCUACCUUCUGAAACCAGUUCAGAGGAUAACAAAGUACCAAUUGCUUUUAAAGGAAAUGUUGAAGUACAGUAAGAACUGUGAAGGCGCUGAAGAUUUGCAGGAAGCUUUGGCUUCUAUACUUGGCAUUCUCAAAGCUGUCAACGACUCCAUGCACCAAAUUGCUAUCACUGGAUAUGAAGGUAAUUUGAAUGAUCUUGGCAAACUUUUGAUGCAAGGGUCCUUUAAUGUGUGGACAGAACAUAAAAAGGGACAUUCCAAAGUUAAAGACCUGGCAAGAUUUAAACCCAUGCAGAGGCAUUUGUUCCUACAUGAAAAGGCUGUACUGUUCUGCAAGAAGAGAGAAGAGAAUGGCGAGGGGUAUGAGAAGGCUCCCUCAUAUAGCUUCAAACAUUCCUUAAAUAUGGCAUCUGUUGGAAUUACAGAGUAUGUAAAAGGGGACAAUAGAAAAUUUGAAAUCUGGUACAAUGCAAGAGAAGAAGUAUAUAUUGUGCAGGCACCAACAUGUGAAAUAAAAGCCACAUGGGUCAAUGAAAUCAGAAAAGUGCUGACUAGCCAGCUUCAAGCUUGUAGAGAAGCCAGUCAACAUAAGCCAGUGGAACAGACCAACAGUUCUCCAUUACCUACUCCAUCCAGUACCAGUCCUUUGAGAAGUAAAUCAGGAAAGGUAAAAAAACUGGACGAAAGAAAAACUGAGCCUUUAAUAAACGUUGAAUCCUCUUUAGUAGCAUUACCAAAGUACCUUGAGAAAGGUAAAGAUGGCACAGUAAUUAGCCCUACCUCAGAAUCUUCUGCAGUAUCAAAAAAGCGCUUCACUUUGCAGGGUUUUCCUAACCUCAAAACUCAGAAAGCUUCUCCUACCAGUCCUGACAAAAAAACUAAACGCCACGAAGUAAAGAGUGACCCAACUCCAUUUGGUUUAAGAGAUUCGGCUUCUCUGACGAAGUGGCUUAGUACAUCUCACCUGACCUCAGCAGACAUGCGUCGGAGAGGCUGGAAUAGGACAUCUCAGUCGCUAGAUGCUUCAGAAGAGAACAACGAUGGAUGGUCCAGUGGAGAAGAUCCGAUCAAUUCUUCAGAUGCAGAGGAUGAGGCAACCGAAACUACAGAUAAAAAACUGAGUCCAGGUAAAUAUACUGUUGUAGCGGACUGUGAAAAGUGUGGGUUAGAGGACCUUCCAGUGAAAAGUGGAGACAUAGUUCAGCUGAUACGUGAAGAAGAGAAUGGAGCAUGGUAUGUGAAAAAUCUGAGCACCAACAAAGAAGGAUUAGUGCCUGCCAGUAACCUGAUGAUACUCAUUGGGGCUUCCAAGUCGGUGCAUUCGCUCAGCAGCUCUGAAUCAGGAACUGCUUCUAGCACCUUAAGCACCUCAUCCAGCUGCAGUGAAAGCUACAAUGCGAGUUGCACCAGCGUUUCUGAUAUCAAGGGCUGAACUUAUACAGAGUGUGCACAAAUCAGAUGCGUCAUGGACCAGAGAUCCCAGACUUCAGGCCAAGUGAGAAGAACAGCAUGAAUAAAGUAGGCAAUAUUAUUGCCUCAGUCACUGUCCUGUUCAGCUAACAGGCCAAUGGGGAAAAGAGAGACUGGUGUUCAGUAAUGUCUUGUGAAAGACCCAUGUCUUAACACCACACUUAGUUCUGUUUACAGAUCUAUAAACAGUGUUUACUCCGUCAGCAUUUCACUGAUACUGUGGAACAUUUUAUGACCCGUAAAGGACAUACUGGGCCAUAAUGGUGCCAUCAUAUAGUUCCAUGGUAUGAUUUCAUGGUGUUUUUACCAGUUUCCAUAGUUUUCUGCAGCCGGAUGUAAAUAUCAAUCUCAAAAGACUUAUCCUUUCACCUUUUUAUACUGACACCAUCUUGUGGAAUUUCUGGCUGUCAUCAGUUUGUAAGAAAACCAAGUCAAGUUUUUCACAGCAUGACUAUUUGAUACAAAGUUAUUUUUCCACUUGUCAGGCCAAGCAUUUGUAGUUGACAUCUCUGUGUUUAGUGAUCUGUAUGACGUGAAGCCUCGUUCACAUAUACGCUGGAGCUCCGUCCGCUGAAUCCGUCGCAGUAGGGCUUGAGCAGAAAAAAAAAAUGGUUCAGAUCGGUUUGUUUUUUCCCAAUCCUGCAAGAAAGAUCAUCUGGAUUGUUUUUUUAGGCCAAGAGUUGACUCUGACAGAGCUUCUUAACAGAGCUCUGAUGCAGAUGUGAACGUAGCCUUACAAAGCUGAGAUGGUUAACCAGUAGAGAGGAAAAACAGUCGCCCAGGGGUAGGCAGAUUAUUUUCUAUUAUUCAAAGGUGAUAUUUUUGUUGGUGUACAGGAUAUUAUGAUUCACUGAUCAGCACUUUUAUAUUUGUCUAAAGAAGUAGAAUAUGAAAGCAUAUAGAUACAUAUAUCUAUGGGGAUAAAUAGAUUGUAAAAAGGCUUUGUUUUAGCUCUUUACAACUUUCAGGGUCCAUCCCUGGUAGUUCUUACAAAUGCACAUAAAAUCCUGUGAAUCCAGAUAUUUCUGGAUCUUAAUGGAUUGUCUCUCCUGUGGCCUUUCUCUGUCCAUCACUGCCAGUCUCUGUCAAUGUCAAGCUGCGAUAAUGCCUGACAUGGCUGCAUCCUCAAUUAGCAGUAGGCCUCAGUGGUGUUUUUCUCCAUAGGAAUGCCACAUACCUGCCUGGGACAUCAAUGAAGUCAUAGCUACAGUUUACUGCUAUUGAAGGAUGUGACCUAACAUUAUGAUACUAUAUAGAUUAAGCAUCAUAGAGGCUGAGAAUUCAACGGAAGCCAGUGGUGGGGAGGCCAAGGUAGAUUUCACAAAGUACAAUACACAGUUAAUAGUUAUCUUAUUACUAACAGAUUUUUGCUAAUUCUUAAAGGGCCAGACCGCUCCCUUAAUCCAGUUUUUUUCCUGCCAAACUUGUUUACAAUUGUCUGUUUCUAAUUCCUUGUUCCAUUGUGAUAGAACACUACUGUCUCCUUAUAGGAAAGAGGUUUACAUUUGUAUUAGCAUACAUGACAUGUACAAGUAUAAAACCAUUGAAGGCUGCUCACACAUAGACUGCUUUAUUCAGCACCUUAAUAUGUAAGAAAUAGGAUAAAGUUAUUGGUUAUUAUUAUUUCAUUUGCAUGCUUUAUAGCUGCAUUAUUUCUUUUUUACUUUACAUACAUUACCUGGGAACAUACACCUGGACCAUCAUCAAAAAGUGACAACAUUUGGAUAAUAUGGGACAAUAUUUGAUUUACUUAUCUUUAUUUGUUUCGCUCGCUUUAAGGACUCAUACACAUACAACCUUACUGUAUCUCCCUAUGUCUCCCAAUUUUCAUUAAGCCAUGGAAUGUUAAUGUUUUAUAGGAGUUCAUAUGUACUUGAUAUUCUCCCUUAGAAGCAAUGUAUAGAACCUGACAGAGUCUGUACCGUACUGCACAGAGGCAGCAUGGCUUCUAGAGAGCUAAAUGACUCGCUGUACAGAAUCCUUGGACACUGCUUUGCUUUAUGCAUUGACAUGUGCAUUUUUUCCAUAUGAAAACAGCCUUAAAGGGGUCUUGCCUUGGUAAACAAUAUGGUUACGGCAGCCACAAAUGACAUGGAUUCUAAAAAAAGAAACAGCCAAGCAGACUAUUUUACAUAGGUUACAUAACUUUCAUUCGUGGAACCCCCCCCCCUGAAAAACGCAGCAAGACCAGAGGAGGCGCUUGUUCUCAAGAUAGCUGAAAGAAUGAACAUGUUCAUUCUUUUGACGGGUCAAUUUCAGAGGCAGAAGACCCAUUUACACCCGUUUUAAGGUUCAUACAGCGGAAUUUCUGAACACAAUUCCACGGACAGAAAUUGCAAAUUUGCAUGCUUCUUACUACAUUUGGCACAUCUGUGGCACAUCGGAAAUCUAUACCAGCUAUAAUUUACUACAAUUUCUGACAUAGAUUAUAGCAAAUCUGUUUAGCUGUGGGGGGCAAUACUCCUGUCCGCUAAGCCAUGCCCAUAUAUAUGUUUAGAUAGUGGACAAUGUAGAGUAAUACGCAUAAGAUUAGACUUGCACAAAAAUGACCCCCUGUUUUAUGUUUUGUGGCAUUAGUCCCCUGUGUUAUCCAGUGUUCAUUUCAAUUAUAGAAACUACUAAGACUAAUAGAUAUUGGUAUUCAAAUGAUAAAGGAAAAUACAAUCCUUUACCAUAGUAGUCACUAAAGAGGUUAGACGAGUCCAAAAAUGUCCUAGAAGCAAUAUAUGUUUAAUGCCUUGAAAUCAAAAUUUAUUUUUUUAUAUGUACAGGAAAUAUUCUUUUUAUUUUCUUCACCUGUGUAAAAGAAUAUAUAUAUAAAUCUGGCACACUGUAAUUUAUUAAAUGAUUGUGAUGUAUUGCAGACAGACAGCAUCAAGCAUUACAUGAAUACAACUGAAUCAAAUCUGGUCUUAUAAAUUCAAAGAUACUUAAAGGGGUACUCCGCCCCUAGACAUCUUAUCCCCUAUCCAAAGGA